UUCAAAAUUAUAUGAUAAAACUUUAUAAAAAUGUCUAGUAAGAUAAUUAAAAAAGGAAAUGCAUUGAAAAAAGUAGUGAAAAAAGUAGAACAUCGUACUCCUUUGCGAGUAAUUAUUCCUGCAGGAAUGGCAAAUGCUAAACCACCUUUGGGUUCACAACUUGGACAGAGAAAUAUUAAUGUAGCAAAUUUUUGUAAAGAUUUUAAUACAAGAACUGAAAACAUUAAAGAGGGUAUACCUUUACCAUGUCGUAUCAAAGUAAAAUCUGAUGGAACUUAUUCUUUAGUGAUUCAUAAACCACCAGUAACAUUUUUUUUGAAACAAGCAGCUGGAAUUCUAAAAGGAAAAGUGAUAAAAGAUGAAGUAGCAGGAAAAAUAACAUUUAAACAUUUAUAUGAAAUUGCCUGUGUUAAGGCACAAGAUCCACCUUUAGCAUUAUUAAGUUUACCACAGAUUUGUGAAAUGAUUGUUGGUAUAGCUCGAACAUGUGGUAUUCAAAUUGUACGUACAUUAGAUCCAGAAGAACAUGCAAAAUUUAUGAAGCAAAGGAAAGAAAAUUAUAUGAAAUUCCGUGAAGAAUUAGAGGAAAUUAAAAAAUCCAAAGUACUUAGGGCAAUUUAAAAUAUUAUAUUCAAAUAAUUUAUUAUAUAUUAUUAAUAAAAGUAAGA